AUGGCGCGAUCCGACGAGGCGGCCGCGUUUUUCCACGCCGUGUACAGCGCCGUGCAGGAGAUUCCGCACGGCAAGGUCACUAGCUACGGCCACAUAGCGAAGCUGGUCGGCACCCCACAGCGUCCCCGACAGGUCGGCGUGUGCCUCAAACACCUCCCCUCGGACACCGCCGCGCGCUUCAACCACGCCAACGUGCCGUGGCAGCGCGUCAUCAACGCCAAGGGCGUCAUUUCUCCACGGUGCGUCUUAGCAUGA